AAUUUGCAACAACAGCAACAGGAUAAAAACAAACGUAGAAACAAAUGUUAUAGAUUUGAUUCUUCGAUAGAAACUGUGGUUCUGUUACAUCCCAGCUAAUUAUCCUCGCUUCCAGUUCCUCCAAAUUCACCUUAUUCUGUCAGGGAUAGGAAAAUUAUGGCGACUGCAACCAUGGCCACUGCAGCCGGUGCAGCUGCUCUUUUGUACUACACAUUGAACCGGAAAUUGCAGAGUCAAAGCACGAUCGAUGAAGAUGAUGACGAAAACGACAGUGAUGCGCCCACUGAUGUGCCGUUAGGUAUUGAACGUGUUUCUAAUAGGUUAAUUCAAGCCCCCGCGACAUGGUUGGAGACGAUUUCAACAUUGUCAGAGACUCUCAGGUUUACAUAUUCGGAGACAUUAGGAAAAUGGCCCAUCGGGGAUUUGGCGUUUGGUAUUAGCUUUCUUCUCAAGAGGCAGGGAAACUAUCAUGUUGACAGUGUGUUUGGUGGUAAGGACAGUGUACAGCUGAAAGGAUCUGAGAUUACUGCUGAACUCAAGUAUCUAUUAAACUUAUUGACACUGUGUUGGCAUUUUUCAAAGAAGCCGUUUCCCUUGUUUUUAGAAGAAACUGGAUAUACUGAAGAAAAUGUUCUCCUUCGGGAGCCAAAAGCAGGAAUUUUGAAACCAGCUUUUACAAUCAUAGCUGAUCACAACAUGAGGCGCUUCUUGUUAUUGAUUCGUGGCACACAUAGUAUCAAGGAUACUCUAACCGCUGUUACAGGAAAUGUCGUACCUUUUCAUCACACUGUAGUUCAUCAGGGGGGUGUUAGUGAUUUGGUAUUAGGUUAUGCACAUUGUGGAAUGGUUGCUGCCGCCCGUUGGAUUGCAAAGCUUGCAACUCCUUGUCUCAUUGAAGCAAUUGGCCGCCACCCUGACUAUCAAGUUAAGAUUGUUGGGCACUCUUUGGGUGGAGGUACUGCAGCUAUUUUAACGUAUGUAUUAAGAGAGCAAAAGGAACUGUCAGUGACUACAUGCGUUACAUUUGCUCCAGCUGCUUGUAUGACUUGGGAGUUGGCAGAGUCAGGCAAUGGUUUUAUUACUUCUGUUAUAAAUGGAGCUGAUUUGGUGCCUACAUUCUCAGCUGCUUCUGUAGAUGACUUGCGUGCUGAGGUGACAGCAUCUGCAUGGAUAAAUGACUUGAGGAAUCAAAUUGAGCAAACAAGAAUACUCAGUACUGUCUAUCGUUCUGCUUCCGCAUUGGGUUCACGCCUUCCAUCUAUUGCCAGUGCUAGAGCAAAGGUUGCUGGGGCUGGGGCUAUUUUGCAACCCGUUUCUAAUGGUACCCAGGUUGUGAUGAAAAGGGCCAAGAGUAUGGCUCAGGCAGCAUGGACACGCCCAAACCUUAACCUGUCCUCUUGGUCAUGCAUAGGUCCUCGUCGCCGAGCCAUGGCUGCUCAUUCAAACUCCAGAGAUGAAGGAAGUUCCCCUACUUCUGCCUCUGACACUAUGGAAAGUUCUGAUACACUUCUUUGUUCUCCUAAGAAGGGGAUUAAUGCCAAGAGCAUGAACCUUCCUGUAUCUUCAUCGGUAGAAGAGUGGUCUUCUGAAAUUGAAUGUGCUGAUGAAAGUAGUCCAGAUGAUGAGGUGGAUGUGGAUCUUGAUGACGGUGAGAACCUGAUGGACCGUGACCGAUAUGCGGAUCAGAUGAGUGAAGUAGAGUUGUGGCAUCAACUAGAGCAUGAGCUCUAUGACAGAUCUGAAGGUGAGGAGGCUGAUGUGGUAAAGGAAAUCAGGGAAGAGGAAGCAGCCAUACCAGAAGUAGUAGUAGGGCAAAGCCAGAGCUCUGCGCCAGAAAUGAAAGAAGUUCACAGAUUUUUCCCUCCAGGGAAGAUAAUGCACAUUGUCACACUCCUCUCUGAUGCUUCUGAGCAUGAAAGUGAUAAUAGCCCAACCUCCACAAGUUCGGACGAUAGUGAGCCAAAUGAGACUAAGAUUGGGAUUUUCUUAACUUCAAGGUCUCUAUAUAGUAAACUGAGACUUUCACAGACCAUGAUCAGUGAUCACUUCAUGCCAGUUUAUAGAAGACAGAUUGAGAGGCUAAUUAAAGAAUUUGAGGAAGAAUCUGCUGAGGAUCAAAGAACACAAGAUACGUUGUUAUAGGCAAAGGCAUCAUCAAGAUUAGAUUAUGUUUUUUUACCAUACUACAUGUCAUUGGGUGUUUUUUUGUCCCAUUGAUCAACUAAGUCCCAUAGGAACAGCAGUUUUUGUGUUAUGCUGCAGCGAGGAACCGAAAAGGCGGUGAUGACAGCCGCCUAGUAUACUGAUGGCGCUCUGAUCAAAUGGAACCAGCUCAUCAUCACUGAUGCUUUUGUUGUGGAUGUUGGUUGGGGAUAAGUAAUUGUAAAUGGUUCCCCAAAUCCAAGCUUGUUUGUAAAUAUUACUCCCUCCGUCCCUAAUUAUAAGCUAAAGUUGAGACUUAUGUUUUGUCACUAAAUAUAAGCUAAAGUUGUAAAA